UAGCAUCAUCAUCAUCAACAUGGCUGCCGCAGACCAAGAACCCCACGUCAGCGCAGUUCGUCCUCGUUCCUACCAAGACGAGAGCUAUCUGCGCGGAUUUCUUGGAACUGUGGGUGACUUACAGAAGGAUGGAGCACUUCAGGAUGUCGUCCUGGAAGUCGAGGGCCGGCAGUUUCCCUGCCAUCGGCUUGUUCUGUCCGCGGCCAGCCCCUACUUCAGGGCCAUGUUUACAAGUGACAUGGCGGAAAGUCGUCAGAAGACGGUUGUUUUACAGUGUUUGGAUGCAAGCGUUUUGGGAGAGAUCCUAAGUUACAUCUACUCAGGAACCAUCCAUGUGUCCAUGGACAAAGUGCAGCCCCUGUACCAGGCAGCCGACCUCCUCCAACUGGACUAUGUGAGAGACAAAUGCAACAGCUACAUGGCCAUGAACGUGGAGCGCUCCACCUGUGUGGACCUGUACAUGUUUGCUGAUGUCUUCUCUCUGAACAAUGUCUUGAUACUUUGCCUGCAGUCGAUCCAUAGAAACUUUGUUGAGGUUGCCUCCAGCGAGGAGUUUUGCAGCCUGAGUGUGAAUCAGCUGACUGAGAUCAUCAGCCACGAUGAGCUGGAUGUUACAGAGGAGAUAACAGUGUGGGAGGCUGUGGUGAGAUGGGUGCAGCAUAGUAAGAAGGAGAGACUGCACCACCUACCCAGCAUCCUCCCUAACAUCCGCUUUAACCAGUUGACCUCAGACGACACGGCAGCCAUUUUAGAACACCCCCUUGUUAAGGAGGAUUCUGGGAUUUCUGAGGUCAUCAAUAAUUUGAUACAGAAAGGGAACCCCGCCCUGAAGUCGAGGCAUGGGGUUACCAUGGAGAUGGCUCUGCUAUACAAGUUAGAGCAUAGUUCAAAUGAGCUCCUCUUCAUGAACCCUCGGGAAGGGAAGUACAUCAGCUGCAGCUAUAAAGCUGAAGACUUUCCUGGUUACACAGCCACCACAGUCACCGGUGAUAACAGCAUUUACAUCCUGAAAACAAAAAAAGAAUCAGAGGGAGAGGAACAGCUUUCUCUCUUCAAGUACAACCAUGUAAAGAAUGUUUGGGAACUUGCAGAUUUGUCCUCAACAUCCAGGGAACCGGGAACCCACAUCAAGUACCUUUUUGAAGUUGAUCAGAUUUUGUAUUACAUGUAUAUCAUUAUGGUUGAUUAUUACGAUCCAUCUCGAAAAGUUCCGUUGAGAAAGUACAACCAGCACACAAACCAGUGGCAGGAGUGUUCACAGCUACGACCGAAGGACAGUAGAUACCACGGUGACUGUGCAGCAUUGUCCUGUGGCGCACACCUCUAUUUCCUCACAAGCACGGAAGUGCAUCGCUACGACCCAAUGGAGGACAGGUGGAGCAAGCGGACCCCACCGGGGAUCAUUGAUGUAGUCCAUACAGCUGUUGCCAUGGGAACAGAGAUUUUCUGUACAGAUCUCUACUUCGAUAAGACCAUGGUGUACGACACAGAGUCAGACCGCUGGCAGAAACUUCAGUUUGCCGCCCCCUGA